AAAAUCUUCUUCCUCCGAUCACCACCAUGUGUACGUUAGAGAAACGCGGCGAUCUCUUCCUCCUGACUCUAACCGGCGACGGCGAACACAGAUUCCACCCCGACACAAUCGCCACCAUCCUCUCCCUCCUCGAACAAGCCAAAUCUCAAUCCACCCGUGGAUCCAUCCUCAUCACAACCGCUAACGGCAAAUUCUUCUCCAACGGCUUCGAUCUCGCAUGGGCUCAAACCGCCGGAUCCAUAACCGGAGCUGCAAACCGGCUUCAUCAAAUGGUUGAAUCCUUCAAACCGGUGGUAGCAGCGCUUUUAGAUCUCCCUAUGCCGACGAUCGCCGCCUUGAACGGCCAUGCAGCCGCCGCGGGACUGAUGCUGGCUUUAAGCCAUGAUUACGUGUUCAUGAGGAAAGAUCGUGGGGUUCUGUACAUGAGCGAGGUUGACAUCGGGCUUUCGAUGCCGGAUUAUUUCUCGGCGUUGGUUAGGGCUAAGAUCGGGACGAGUGCGGCGAGGAGAGAGCUGUUGUUGAGUGGGAAGAAGAUUAGAGGAGAAGAAGCGGUGGGUUUGGGGAUUGUUGACUCGGCGGCGUAUGAUAGUGAGGAAGGUGUUGUUGAGGCUAGUGUGCGCCUUGGUGAGAAAUUGGCGGCGAAGAAAUGGAGUGGUGAGGUUUAUGCGUCGAUUAGGAAGAGUUUGUAUCCGGAGCUUUGUGGGAUUCUUGGUUUAGAGGCUAGAGUCUUUGCAACACCUAAGCUCUAAACUCUUUUUUUUUUUUUUAACAAAACGAUUUCGUUUUGGGAGAAACAAUGUCAAACUAGAAUUAUGAUCACAUAAACAAUAAAGUUUGCUUAGCCAU